GCUUCUCUCUCUCUCGCUCGCUCGCUCUCUCUGUCCCUACGCCAUUAUCGAACGCGAUAGAGCACCUCGAGCCCUCGAAUUCGCGGUGAUCCGCGCGAUCUCGGAUCGAAACCCACUCGGAAUCGUGAUCUCCAGUUCGAGAUCUACCGAUCUAGGGUUCUUUUGCGGAAUCUCGACCCUAGUUUGGAUCGAUCUCGCUCGAAGAUUCCGAAGGAGGAGGUCGCCAUUUGCGGAGGGUUUUGGAGCCCUAAUUCGCCCCUGCGACUCGAUCCUUCUCUGAGAUGGGAUCGGGGGGACUCCGAAUUAAUGGGAUCUCUCAUCCUUUCUCAGAGGAAUGGUCGAAUGGAGCGCUUUCUCCCGAGAGGGUUUCCGAUAGGUCUCGUUCGCCUUCGCCUUUGCCCUUGUCGUCCCCUUCUUCGUGUUCUUCGGAUUCGAAGUGUAUUGAGCACCCCGUGUCGAAGAUGGAUACCCUAGCUGGGAUCGCCAUUAAGUAUGGCGUUGAGAUAGCUGAUAUUAAGAGAAUGAAUGGAUUGGUCACCGACUCGCAAAUGUUUGCGCACAAGAUUUUGCAGAUACCUCUACUGGGGCGGCACCCGCCAUCCCCUUUCCAGUUGAAUGGUUCAGCUGGGAAUAGAGAAGAAACUCCCAUAAAACACCGGCACACGGAUAUCGCUGAUUCCUUCCACUCCCUGAAGUUGAAACCUCCUCAGCAUAAAGUUGCAUCUCCUGCCAUGCGCACUUUGCAGGGAUACUACGGUCUCACACCCCCCAAACCAAACCCAACGAAGUAUACCGAAAUGACUACCUACAAGACAAAUAGUUCCAACCACUCAGAACCUGAGCCAUUUCCCAAGAGGAGCCCAACUAAUGGAUACUCGCUGCAAAACGGUGAGAGCAGUAGCGAGGGCGAGAAGUCUAAGAGCGAGAAAUCCGUAAGGCGGCGACAAAAAGCUGAAGCGGAUUCAAUAAUAGACUCAACCGAACCGUCAGAAACUGGCGGAGAUCUCUCAUCCAAGACGGGUAAAAGGUUGUUUCCGAGGCCGAAGUCCGGAAGUCGGAUCGAUAUGGAUUCCGUGCCGAGCGAGGAUCCACUAAUAAUUGCUGACACGUUCUUCAGCUCAGUGCGAAAAUCAUCUAGCACGUCGAGCUUGGCGGAAUCGGAGAACGGCCCCUUCAUGUGGCCGACUUCAAAGUGGACACUGAACCCCGAAACUAUUGCGAGGCCGUUUCUCGACGGUUUGCCGAAGCAGAUCUCGGUGUGGCGGAACAAAGCUGCUUUAGAUUAGCCCUCUUAUCUUGUCGAUCCUUGUUGUAUCUUUCAUUGUAAUAUUGUAACUUACUGGCUCUGGUUAAAUUUACUUGUGGCCUCAAUUCAUUUGGUCUCUGAAAUAUAUGAUGGUGUUAGUAUUGAGAUUAUUAUGUAUCAAUUCAAAGGGAAAUGAAAUAGAAAAUUAAAAUGAGUAA